AUGGCAACUCGAGCAGUUGCCAAGUAUAAUGCAGAACGUAACGGCAUCUAUUACAUGGAAAAAGAAGAUGUUAAAAGCGCCAAAGAGGAACUUGGUCCUGGGUAUACUUAUGUUCUUGAAAUUUUGGUUCAGGAGUCAGCCUGUAAAACUACGGACAUGACAUUACAAGAACACGAGAAAAAGAACUGUCUUACUCGGCUUGACGGAAAGAAAGAGAUCGUUACUGCAUCUGUUCGGCAAAAACCAUGGGAGAAUUUCGAAGAGAUCAAAAUUAUAGAAUCAAAAGAAGUAUAA